AUGGCAGACUUUCCUCCCUUUUGCCCUCGAGCGGGGGGGGGGCGUUGCGACACCCGCAAGAAGCGUCGGUCCGGGCGCCCGAGUUGCAGCAGCUCCGCCUCCGAUUACACUCGAGGAGCCUAUAGCCGGGCUGCAACCCGAGGCUGCUCUGGGCGCGCAUGUAGGCGGGAUGUGGAUGCCUCUGGGCCGCACCCGCGAGUUUCUCUCAGCUACAGUUUCAGUUUCUGUAGUUUUCUCCGCUCCAGUGACCUCGUCCGGGCAUCCGCCACCGAACAGCGGCAGCCUGUAGUUGGCUUCACCCUCUUGCCCAGUGCAGGAAGCAUUUGGGGAGCUAGGAUUGUGCAGAAGGAACUUCCGACAUGGUAUGAAUCCCUGGAGAAGCCAUCCUGGAAGCCACCUAACUGGGUGUUCCCACCUGUGUGGACAACAUUAUAUUCAUCAAUGGGAUAUGGCUCCUAUCUCGUGUGGAAGGAAUUGGGAGGCUUCAAUGAAAAAUCCAUGGUCCCCCUUGGACUAUAUGCAGGACAGCUAGCACUCAAUUGGUCAUGGGUUCCCAUAUUUUUUGGAAAACACAAAAUAGGAUGGGGGCUGGUCACUUUAUUACUUACCACAGGAACAGCAACAGCAACAACAACAGUCUGGUAUCAUGUCAACAAAACUGCAGCAUAUUUGUUGUACCCUUACGUAGCCUGGCUAACCUUUGCCUCCCUGCUCAACUACCAUAUUUGGAAAGCCAAUCGUCCUAAGAAGCACUAGUAACAUGUACAUAUUUUUACAAAGCAUUUUUUUAAAAAGGGGGAAUAUUUUCUAUUUCAAAUUACAGUUCCACCAUCCUAUUGCUUAAUAUAUUUUACUAAGACAUUUGUAAAAACAAAAUGUUCAAAUUAAUGUACAAGUUUACUAGAUGAAGGUAUAGUAAUAAAAUUCAGCUGAAAAUGGA